UGGAUUCACACUCCUCGAUCCCGGCUUGCUCGCGCUUGUCUUGCGGUGGCACGUCUGCAACAGCCUUCGGGUUCCUUGCAUGUGCUUUUCCAAAAGAAUUUCCCCCCCGUCGUGAAGCGAAGCGUGACGGUCUCACGUGUCUUUCUCCCUGUGUUGUCUUUGUGUGUCCUCCACGUCCUGAUCCAGGAACAUCCGGAGAGGAAGUUGCGACGCGAUCCUUUGAACAUGUUUGCCUGCUGCGUCGCCGUUUUCAUCCUCUCUACGUGGUCUUCCGCGGACUGUAACCCCAGUCCCGUUUUGGGAGAUGUAGUCGUGGACAGAUCCUUCAUUCCGCAAGUCUGCGCCAGGGAAGCGAAAAGCGGGGAUUACGUGCGCUACCACUACAACGCCACGUUCACCGAUGGAAAAGCGUUUGAUUCGAGCCACCAGAGAGGAGCCGCAAAGGUGGGCUUGUUGGGAGAGGGUCGUCUCAUCGCCGGCAUCGACAGGGGUCUGCAGGGCAUGUGUGUGAACGAGCGCCGGACCAUUACUGUCCCACCUCACCUGGCCUACGGCAGCACCGGAGCAGGCGACGUGGUCCCUCCAGACACCACGCUGGUGUUCGACGUCCACCUGCUGGACCUGUGGAACGCGGCCGACAUGGUGGUGGCCAGGACCAUCAGCACCCCCAAGGACUGCAGGCGCUCCGUGAUGCGCACCGACUUCGUGCGCUUCCACUUCAACGGCUCGCUGCUCGACGGCACCGCCUUCGACUCCAGCUACAACAGGAAGCAGACUCACAACACGCUGGUGGGCGAGGGCUGGCAGGUGAGGGGCAUGGACGAGGGCCUGCUGGGCAUGUGUGUGGGGGAGAUCAGGAACAUCGUCAUCCCACCAUUCAAAGCGUACGGAGAAAAGGGAUCAGGUACGGAGAUCCCUCCUCAGGCCACCUUGGUGUUCGACGUCCUGCUGGUGGACAUUUUUAACCCGAAGGACAACAUCAGCAUCGAGGAGCAGCACGUGCCGGAGUCGUGCACGCGCCGCUCCGUGGCGGGCGACUACGUGCGCUACCACUACAACGGGACCUUCCUGAACGGACUCACCUUCGACACCAGCUACCAGAGGAACAGCACGUACAACACCUACAUCGGGAUGGGCUACGUGAUCGCUGGGAUGGACCAGGCCCUGCUGGGGGUCUGUACGGGGGAGAGGAGGCGGGUCACCAUCCCUCCACACCUGGCGUAUGGAGAGCAGGGAGCAGGUGACGUCAUCCCUCCGUCGGCCGUGCUGGUGUUCGACAUUCACGUCGUCGACUUCCACAACCCCAGCGACGCCGUGGACGUGCAGACCACCUACAGGCCCGACGCGUGCAACGACACCACGGCGGUGAACGACCUCGUCCACUACCACUACAACUGCACGCUGGUGGACGGCACGCUGCUCUUCUCCUCGCACGACUAUGAAAACGUCCAGGACGCGGUGUUGGGCUCGGACAAAGUGAUCGACGGGCUGGACGAGGGCCUGCGGGGCAUGUGCGCGGGGGAGAGGAGGCUGGUGAAGGUGCCUCCUCACCUGGGCCACGGAGAGAGAGGAGCCUCUGGCGUGCCCAGCAGUGCAGUGCUGGUCUUCGACAUUGAGCUGGUGAGCUUCGAGAAGGGCGUCCCACCUGGUUACCUGUUUGUGUGGCUCGGGGACACUCCUGCAGACCUGUUUGAAUCCCUGGACGUGGACAAAAACAAAGAGGUUACACAGGAGGAGUUUGGGGAGUUCAUCAAGCUGCAGGUGGCAGAGGGCAAAGGUCGCAUUAAGCCUGGGGUGAGCAUGGAGCAGGUCAUCGCUGACAUGUUCCAGAACCAGGACCGUAAUAAAGACGGCCUGAUCACCGCCAGCGAGCUCAAACUGAAGGUGGACGAGGACAAGGAACGGGAGCUGACGAGGCACGAAGAGUUGUGAUGAGGACGAAGGUCCUGCUUCUGUCUCAGGAAAUAAAAAAACAAGCAUUAAGAGACUCUUCCCUGCAACGUCAUGGUCAAAUAUUGGACAGUCGUUACAUAAAAAUAAUGCAAAGGAUGUUUUCGUAGAGUUUUGUGUUGUAUGAUUGUGUUUAAUAAUUGUAUUUCAGAAAAUUUAACAAGCACCUUUUUUUAUUUGUUCCCAAAAGUCUGAACAUGAAAAUGUUUGUAAGAAAAUAAAAAUGGUUUCAUUUUUC